GCUAUCCCCUGUUUCUCUCCUCCUCCCUGCCAGACACAAACUCAGACAGAGGGACAACAUGGAUCCGAACACGACCAUCCUGCGAGUCAAGAGGAAAAGGGGGACCGACCCCGCAGAUGCGCUGCUGCUGGCAUGUAAACGUAUCCGACCGGAGACGUCUCAAAGCUCAGGCGAGACGGUACCGGAGCCGAAUGAAGCCGAGGUGGAGAACUCUGUCUUCAAACUCGUGGCGACGGUGGCGACACAGGAUGCUCCGGUGCAGACACAGGUGCGACAGGCUUUGGCUCGGCCCCGCAUGGCCCACGCUCUGCGGCCCUCUGCUGCCAGUACACAGCGGAUACUGGGGGACCUGCGGAGCACGAAGUGGAGCACCCGGAGGGAGGAACGCUACAGGAUACUCUCCAGCCACCGCACAGGGCUGCCGGCCCCAGCAGAGCAGCAAGCACCCCUGACGGAAGCUUCAGAGGGCGGAGAGGAUUCUGGGAAAGACCAGGACAAAUGUCUGGGUCUUGGUGCCAUCCAGGUGGUCGACCUCCUUCAUGAGGAUGACGAGAACCAGGACAAAUCUUCUGGCAAGACCCUGUCCUCAGACCCAGAGGCGAUCCUGUGUAACAACACCAAGAUGCUGCGGGAGCGCCUGAGCAUCGCUGGAGAUAAAGUGGGGGGGGAGCACCGCGAGCAGGAGGACGACUACGUGUAUGACCUGUACUACCAGGAAACGGUGACGGCAGGGUGGAUCCAGGACAUCCUGUCCGUCAGGGCCUACGCCGACGAGGGAGAACUGGUUCCUGACCAAGUGGUGCAUGAAGAGGAGGUGUAUGAAGAUGAGGAUGAUGAGAACGAGGAAGGCAACUGGAGGAACGACUACCCCGAUGAGGGCAGUGACGCAGACAGCGACCGGGAGGAGCGCUAUGGUGGUUACGCGGAGGAUGAGCACUCGUACAGCCGGAGGAGCUGGGGGCUCUACCAAAGGGAGGUGGCGCAGGAGCUGCGGGGUGAAGAUGACAACGAGGAUGAUGAUGGAGACAAAUAUAAUUCCGAUUGAUCUAACGCGCACCUGUCUGUGGAUCUUCCCAACGCCCUCUCCACAAAUAUCACCAAACUCCAGACCUCUGUGUAGCUGAGAGUGGGGGGGGAACACACUUUAAAGAAACCAGGACAUAGGUAUUAACGUGUAGCAAUACUUGUGUAGCACCAACCAGGUUUCAAUUGGCUGGAAACCUCCUCAUAACUUAACAAAAAGUACAUUUCAUAUGCAAAUGCAAAAAAGCUCCCACAAUGGAGUCAUUCAGAUCUAUACAUAUAUCAAGUAUUUUUCAUGGGAACCCCCCCCCCCCCCCCUACCUCUCCUACACAGAGGGUGGAGCAGUGUGCGUUAUUUCCUGGAGGAUCCAGAGUGUCUUUUUCUCUUUUUUUUUAACUGGUGGAGUGAACUUGUGUGUGGGUGUUUGUCCAAUGUGGAUGUGUGUUAAACUGUUGCACAUUAGUGUGAUAUGCCUUGUAUGCUUUGUGCUGUUCACACUGUGUAAGUGAGAUGUGUCGGGCCGCGCGUGGUUGCAGUUUAGGGUGCAGCGUUCUGUGCAUGGUAGUGUGUGUGUAGGUAUAACUGUGUGUUAGAAUUUUCUGCAUAAUGUGAAAGCGUGACUCAUAUGUUUUGUUGUGGGUGUGUGAGAUGGUUCAGAAAUUCCCCCUUGAAGCUCAGAUUGCUUGGAUGCUUGUUGAAUUUAAUUUUUUGUAAAUAUGUAGAUGUGUAUAAAAAGAAAGCUUUCAAAUAAACUUUAAACAUCUCGGUGUCAA